GAGCACUCGUGUUGGCGUCUUCCCCGGGGUGUCCGCGUCGCUUGCGUUGGUGGUGAUCCCCAGGAUGGCGACGCCGCUGUCUCGCUGAGCUUUCCGUCUUUCUCCCCCCCCCUGCCGCCGCCGCCCUCGCCUCGGUCUCCCCUCACCACGCACUGCUGCCGCUGCGGGGACUCCGCCGCUUCCGAGCGUUCCUCGGCCCCUCCCCUAGGUCGACUCGGCCACAAGGGAGUACCCGGUGCGCUGUGUAAACAUCGCCACCGGGGAUUCUACCUCGUGUGGCGUGCCGGCCUUCAUAAGGAUACACGGGGAUCUUUGUCGCGCAAUGCUUUAGGAGCAAACACAAGAAGACGGCCAAGAGGAGGAAGGAGGGGCGAGCGCUUGAGGAGGGAGAGGAGGAAGGGAAGCUCACGAGGCCGUGAUGCGGCCGACGUUGGCCCUGCUGGCGUGCGCCGCGUGGCUGGUGGCGUGCGGCGUGCGUGGCCAGCCGAGGGACGUGUACACGCACACGUGGGCCGUGCUCGUGCCGGGCGGCGCGGCCGCGGCCGACGACGUGGCGGGGAGACACGGCUUCACCAACCUGGGGCAGAUAUUUGGGGAUUACUAUCAUUUCCGGCAUCGGGCGGUCGCAAAGCGAUCCCUGUCAAGACAUCACAACCGGAAUCUGAAGCUGCAAAAGGAACCCAAGGUGCAAUGGGCCGAGCAGCAGGUGGUGAAGGCCCGGAGGAAACGGGAGCUGUUCCAGGAGCCCACCGAUCCCAAGUACUUGCUGCAGUGGUAUCUGCACAACAGCGUGCACCACGACCUGAACGUGCUGGCCGCGUGGAGCCAGGGCGUCUCGGGCCGCGGCGUCGUCGUCUCCAUCCUCGACGACGGCAUCGAGAAGAACCACCCCGACCUGGUGUCCAACUACGAUCCCAUGGCGAGCUACGACGUCAACAGCAACGACCCCGACCCCCAGCCGCGCUACACGGAAAUGAACGACAACAGGCACGGCACGCGCUGCGCCGGAGAGGUGGCGGCCGCGGCAAACAACGACGUCUGCGGCGUCGGCAUCGCCUACAACGCUCGCAUCGGCGGCGUUCGCAUGCUGGACGGGGACGUGACGGACGCGGUGGAGGCCCGCUCGCUGAGCCUCAACCCCCAGCACAUCGCCGUGUACAGCGCCAGCUGGGGGCCCGAGGAUGACGGCAAGACGGUGGACGGGCCUGCGCGGCUCGCACAGGAGGCCUUCGUGCGGGGGAUCACCAAGGGCCGUGGCGGCCUGGGCUCCAUUUUCGUGUGGGCCUCGGGCAACGGCGGUCGCGAGAAGGACAGCUGCAACUGCGACGGCUACACCAACUCGAUCUACACGCUGUCCAUCAGCAGCACGACGGAGAAGGGCAACGUGCCGUGGUACAGCGAGGCGUGCUCCUCCACGCUCGCCACCACCUACAGCAGCGGCGCUAUCGGCGAGAAGCAGAUCGUGACCACGGAUCUGCGGCUCAAGUGCACGGAGAGCCACACGGGCACGUCGGCCUCGGCCCCGCUCGCCGCCGGCAUCAUCGCGCUGGCGCUCGAGGCCAACCCCCGUCUCACCUGGAGGGACAUGCAGCACCUGGUGGUUCGCACGUCCAACCCCUCGCACCUUCACGCCUCCGACUGGGUGACCAACGGUGUCGGUCGCAAAGUGAGCCACUCGUACGGCUACGGUCUCCUCGACGCCGGCGCCAUCGUGACGCUCGCUCGCAACUGGACGACCGUUCCCCCGCAGCGGGCGUGCACCAUGGAGAUGAGCACUGAAGCCCGCCCCAUAGGACAGAAGCUGCUGGUGAGCGGGCGCGUGAGCUCCUGCCUGGGCACCGGCGACUACGUCACCACGCUGGAACACGUGCAAGCCCGCCUCACGCUGGCGUUCAGCCACCGCGGGGAGUUGGCGGUCCGUCUCACCAGCCCAAUGGGCACCCGCUGCACGCUGCUGGCACCCCGGCCUCACGAUUUCUCGACGGAGGGCUUCAACGACUGGGCGUUCAUGAGCACCCACUCGUGGGGCGAGGACCCAACGGGGGUGUGGACCCUGGAGCUGGAGAAUACCGGCAGCGUCCGCAACACCGGCACGCUGAAGCGGUUCACGCUGGUGCUUUACGGCACCGCUCACCGCAAGCGCAGCCUGCAGGGCGUCCCCACGGUGGCGUCGAGCGUCGCUUGCCGAGCGCGCGACCCUGCGGGGCUCUGUGUGGAGUGUAGGCCGCCCUUCCUGCUGUUGGGCCACGCCUGCGUGCAGCGCUGUCCCAACGGCACCUUCGCCAGGGAGCCGGAGCAGCAGCCCGGGGGGGCGAGGAGGAGGCGGUGGCUGCGGGAGCGGCAGUGGAGGCCGGAGGAUUCGGAGGAUUCGGAGGAGCAUCGGGUGACGGAACAACAGUGGAAGCGAGACGACUGGCAGCAGCAUUUUCCACCCAGCCGCGGUGGACCGUCGUCGUCGUCGUCGUCACCUCCACCACCGCGGUUAGCAGCAGCUGGAGCGUCGUCGUCGUCUUCGUCGCCGUCGCUGUGCGAGGAGUGCGACGCAUCGUGCGUGUCGUGCUGGGGGCCCGGCCCGGCCGCGUGCCUCUCGUGCGCUCCCCACUCGCGCCUCGUUGCGUCGCGCUGCGUCCCGCAGCCGCAGGUCGGCCGUGCGUCCCCUCCGCUCUCCCUCUCGUCGUCCGGCGACGGCGACGGCGGCGCGUCCCCCGAGGCGACGACGCCGCCGCUGGUGGACUUGCGGCGCGCCGCCGCGGUCGCCUGCGUCGCCGCCGUCGCCCUCUUCGCCGUCCUCUUUGCCGUCCUGCAGCUGCGCUCCGGCGAGUGCGGUGCCGGUGCCCGCGCCCUGAGGACCGUGUGGUUCACCUCGGCCGGAGGUGGCGGUGGAGGCGGCGGCGGCGGCGGCUCCUGCUGCUGCGGGGACGUCGGCGAGAGCGGAGGAGGAGGGGGAAUGGCCGUGUCGUACGAGGAGCUGAGCGCCAAGGCGCCCGACGAGGGCUUCAUGGACGAGGACAGCGACGCAGAGCUGCACAGCGAGACGCGGGCCUUCAUCCAGGGCUGACGACGCCGCCGCCGCCAUCGCCUUUCGUCCUGGUUACUGUUCCCGGGGUCGCCCUCUCCGUGUGCGUCUCUGUCGUUGUGACUGUGGCCGAUCUCGCUCCUGGAGACGUUCCCCCGUCUCCGCUUGAGUCGUUGUUUCGCUGCUGAUGCUGCUGAUGCUGAUAAAUGCCCGAGGACGCGAAACAUCUCGCGUCGCGAUGUUUGUCGGCCGUGAGAAUGACCACGCGAUCCCGCCGCUCGAUGCGUUCACGUUUUAUCUCUUUCCCCCCCCCCACCCCUCCCACUUGCGGUAUUGUUGCGAGGCUAUUUAUCUACCCACCCCACACCUGUCCCACCCAUGCCCCACCCCGAGGUGGCAACCCGACCUGACGGGGAGCCGUGGAAGAUGGCGGCCGUUGUUUAUUGGCCGUGCGUAAAAUCCAUCUCUAGCGCCGUUUUAUAAAUCUCGUGGGCAGAUUUGAGUUGGCCGUUGUUGUUGCGGUGCAGCUGUUUGUGUGUGUGUGUGUGUUUUUAGUGUGCUUUGUCUUGUUGGGGGGUGGUUGUUUGUCUUUGUUUGAGGUUUAUUGUGUCGUCUAGGGAUUUGUUUGUGACCUCACCAAAUUUAGAUUUCCGUUGCGUGUGCACGUUUUUGAUUCCGCGUUUGCAGUUUUUCGUUUUUAGGCGGAGAUUCAUUUUUUUAACUCGUCAUUUUGUUGUGGUUGUUGCUCGUCAGAAUUGGGUGUUUGCGUGCAGCCCGUUUCGUUUAGUCGUUGGGACGAAGCGCCGCCGUGCGACCGUUUUGUUUUUGUCGUUGGUAGCUUCCGUCUUGUUCCAGUCACGCGUUCUCUCUCUCUCUCUCUCCCCCGUGCAUUUUUUUUGCGUCCUCUGCCGCGUGCCGUUCAGGACGAUGUCUCUAAAUGACGUCGUUUCGUCACGCGAGCGGCACGACACGAGAUGGCGCGCGCGUGCGAGGGUUGCGCAGCUGUGCACGUUGCAUUAUUAUUUUUCUUCCUUCCCGGUUGUUUUCGUCUUCAUGAUGCAGCUGUGCUCGGAGUGCAAAUUCCUCGUUUGUCCUUAAGACAAUUCCGGUCUUUGUGUUUCUGCAGCUAUCUUUAAGUUUUUGUUCGUCGUUAAUUCUUUCACGCGGUUUUUUUUGUGUAAGUUUUGGCAGCAUCAAAAUGUUUUGUUAUUUUUGUGGCCCAUUUUUUUGUGCGAACUUAAUAGUUGAGCUCCCCAAUAUUUGUAAAAUGUUUUUUGUUUAAUGGUUUUUUUUUGUGGUGGGUACGUGUGGCCCAUCUCCAAGGUCCGUCGACACCACACUACACCUUCGUUGUUUGCCGCUGGCAAAUAUUUUCACGGGAGCCAAGAAAUUUUUUUUUUUGGACCGUCCGCACGUGGUUUGCUGGAAACCUCUUAAACACCGGGUUUGCAAGUGGCUAUGUUCGUAAUUGUUAACACUGUUUAGCUAAUUAUCACCGGCUAUUGGUUAGCCUCCAGCGUGCUGCACCUGUGGAUGUUGAGGUUUAUCGUGUGCGUAUACGCCGGCGUCGCUGCGUGCGCGCAUCGACACGCUGUAAGUCUACUCUACGGUGUAUGAUGGGAUGGUAUAUGCACAUGUCUUUAUUUUGACUCUGCUGUUUCGAACCUGUAGAGUGGUGUGUGCCAAUGUGCACUGUGUGUGUGUGCGCGCGUGUGCCAGUGUGCACUGUGUGUGUCGGGAGCGGUAGUGCAGCGGUAAGCGCCGCUACGAACCCGGUGACCAAAGGUUCGAGUCCCGAUCGCGGCCAACACCAGGUGAUGGAUGAUCUGAACCGUUCUUGGGUCUCCCCUAUGUCGACUCGGCCUCAAAUGAGUACCCGGAGCGGUGUGUAAACAUCACCGCCGAGGAGACAAAGGCGGCCGGCGUGGUGCUGGCCACCCACCCCCUCGUGUGCCGUGCCGGCCGCCUUCACAGGUGCUGCUACUCGCUAACAGCACUUGCCCGAAUAGUCAGUUGAAGGCUAUACGGGGAGGAGAUCUUUGUCUCUAUUUGUAUAUAUUUGGUCUUGUAUAUGUUUUGUAUACGUGUAACAUCAUGUUCACGUGCAGAUAUAAAGUGCAUCUAUUUUAAAUACAUGUGCCUAUAAUGUUGCUGAAAUGGUGUGUAUUUAUACUGUAUAGUGUUUUCUGUAUGCUACAUGUUGUGAAUGUACCUAUAUGUGUGUGUCUGCCCAUCUACACUAUGCAUUAAGUACGUGCGUGUGUGUGUGCACUACUUCUGUAAUACACACACAGCCAGUGUGUCGUGUAAUAUUACCUAUAUGGUGUGUGCCGUUACAUCAGCACUGUGUGAGGAGCGGUGGCACAGCGGGUUGGCGCACUGCGGUGGUGUCUGACCCCCCCCCCCCCCUCCCUGUUUUGCGUGGUGUGAAACUAAAUAUCCAACACUGGAGAGACAGGUUGCAGAGCGUAGCGCUGUGAUGGGUCGCCUUAAUAGGUGCUUGCAAACAACAACAACAACACUUUGCCCUGGCAAGCGGUGUACAAGCUUUACGCUUCCGUUGUGUAAAUCUGUGUAGUUCUGUUGAAAAAAUGUGCGUGUGAAAGUACUGUAUACAUACAUAUCCAGCAAAGGACAGCAUAGUCUUAAGUGUCUGUAUAUAAAACGGGUGCGUGUGUGUGUAAAUAGAUGUACGAAACAUUGCUGCUGCUGCUGUUGCUUGGGGUAAAAGAAUGCAAAAAAAAAAUUGAAAGUCCUUUUUACAACACGUGACUUAAAUUCUUGGUUGCUUUACAUUCACAGUCCGACGUUUUAAUUGCAAGUGUUAUCGAACGUCUCGCCGCUUGUGUUUUUCGCAUACACGAAUAUUUACACAUACCCUGGUGCGCGUGUACAUUAUGUACAUGUAGCCGAUUUUCAGCAACAUGCCGUAGGUGUGCGCGUGCACGCACUGUGUGACAGCGUUGCGGUGGUGCAGCCGUUAGCGCCGCUGCGCUACGAACCCGGCGAAACGCGUUCCCAAUCCGGCUCACGGCCACCAACACCAGUGACGAUUAUCUGAACCGGUCCUGGGCCUCCCCUAGGUCGACUCCACCUCCAAAUGAGUACCUGGUGCGGUGUAUCAACAUCGCCACUGGGGAGACAAAGGCAGUGAGGUGCGAUGCUGGCCACCCACUCCCUCGUGUGCCGUGCCGGCCUUCGUAGGUGCUCCCAAGGAGCACUUCUGCCUCCCGGUCUGUCAAGGCGACACGUGGGGGAUCGGUGUCUUUAUCUUAGACGAAACAUGUUAAUCCUACAACACCGCAUGUACAGGGACUCCCCUACUUUCGAACACGUUAGGUUCCAGAGGUUACAAGUGUGCACGCCCUACAAGUUGUAGGGCGUGCACACUAAACACGGAAUGGCUUUAACAGUCGUAUAACCUCCUGCAGAUGUAGAUGCCACUGGUUCUUCACGUUCUGCAGAUGUAGAUGCCACUGGUUCUUCACGUUCUGCAGAUGUAGAUGCCACUGGCUCUUCACGUUCUGCAGAUGUAGAGGCCACUGGCUCUUCAUGUUUUGUAGAUGUAAAUGCCACUGGUUCUACAGAUAUAGAUGCCACUGGUUCUGCAGAUGUAGAUGCCACUGGUUCUUUGCGUUCUGCAGAUGUAGAUGCCACCGGUUCUUCACGUUCUGCAGAUGUAGAUGCCACCGCCACCUCUGGCCCACCCAGCAGUAGUUGCGAAUGGAAAGUUGCUGCAGUUAGCCGAUGGGCAAGGCCGCGUGUCGCAGCGGGGUAAAAACUAAACUAAACUUUUUAUUUUAUUUAUUUUACCAGCUAAGGCCCCACCCCGAGGUGUGUGUAGCUCGUUUUCAGAAGCGACCUGGCUGUCACAAAUGAUAGCUGGACGAAGUGGCUUGUCCACGCGGGGAUUUAUACGAACAGGCAAAUCUCGUGUUUCUAAAAUGAGGAGGGGGGGGGGGGACCGGAGGACCCGGAGAGAAAGAUCCACGCCACCGACGGGGAGACGCACAAACAAAUCUAACAGGGAGUUGGGAUCGAGCCCACGAACCCCUGUAGACCAGGCGAGGUAGUUAACAUCUCGCAAAGUGUGUGGGUACCCCCAGCUCUUUCCAAUGCGUCCAGCCAGCGUUUGAGUUAUCUCGCUAACAGAGCCUCCUCCAUCCGCCACCAGUGCGGCGUGCACGCGUAAAUAUCUCCACCUAAUUCUAGAUGCUGUGUGUUUUGUUUGUACCGUUUAGACACACUCAGACACACACGCUCACCCCCCCCCCCAAAAGUUUCGCUGCUCAAACAAGCAAGAGACACCCCCCCCCCGUGCCCUCCUCUGCAGUCGGCAGCCCUGCCAGAGCCAGUGGUGGAAAUUCCACAUCCCUAUGACAGUUCCCAUUUACCCGGCACGCGCGUAUGUGUACACGCACACGGAGAUGAUAUAAUGCGCGUCUGUAUUUACGUGUUUUGUCGUGCGGUAUGUUUUUCAGUUUUUCUGUUUCAUUUAUUAGGCAUAAACACGUUUAUGUUUAACGUUAAUGUAACACUUAAACGCGCACAGUUCUGGUGCUGUGUUAAGGUUCUUUUUUUUAGAUGUACUACUGAUGGCUCAACGGCAUAUAAUGAAAGCUUACGGUCAAUAUUCACACAAGCUGGGCUAGCCUACAAUGCAAACACGCGCGCGUGUGCCCGUGUGUUUAUGCGCGUGUGUGUGGGGAGCGGUGGUGUAACGGUUAGCGCGCUGCAAACCCACGGCGACUCGAGUUCGAUUCCCGCUCACGGCCAACACCAGUGACGAUUAUUUUCUGAACCGGUCCUGGGCCUCCCCUAGGUCGACUCGGCCUCAAAUGAGUACCUGGUGCGGUGUGCAGUAAACAUCGUCACGGGGGGAGACAAAGGCGGCCGGCCGUGGCAGCGGCCUUCGUAGAUGCUCGCUAACAGCACUUGCUCCAACAUUCUGUUAAGGCUAUACGAGGGAUCUUUGUCUUUUGUGCGCGUGUGUGGUGGCACUUGCCCCAAGACUCCACGAAGGCUGUACGAGAACCUCUGCCUUUAUGAUGCGCUAAGAGCUCAGUCACUGCCCUCGCUGUGACGCCUGAUCCUGACUCGCUUCAAUUUGCGAAUCUGAACCUUUCCCCUCGGCCGACUCUGCCUUCAAAUGAGUCGUCCCUUGGUGCAGUGGUGGUGGUGGUGCUGUGGUAUGGUGUGUGUGCGGUCACGACAGGUAGGCCGGGGGGGGGGUCGUGCAUGUGUGCUGGCCUUCCUGGUCUUAAUAGGCGCUCUCUGAUACCCGCUUGCUUUUCCCACUGGAACAACCGUGCCGAGCUGCUGGUUUCUUGUUUUCCCACUGCACGAGCCGAGACACGCCAGCGACGCGACCGUCUUUGCGGGUUACGUGGCGUUCACGCGACGUUCGCCCCCUGAUCCUCUCCCCCGUGGGUUCAUUCGGACGUCGUCUUGCUGCUGCUCUUCUGGCUCCGUGGGUUAUCGCAGCUCCCUUCUUGAGCACUCCUUUUUGGGUUUGGUUUUGUCCUUGCACGCACCUCGCGAUUCAGCACCGGUUGGCCUACGUACGGUGUGAAAGAAAUUCUACAUACACACUACUUUGCACCACCUGUACAACAUUGAGAACGCAAUUACGUUAGCACGGCUUUGUGUUUUAGUUUUCCGUCUUUCUCCCCGCACCUCCGAUUUCGCGCGGUUGGCUCUGUGAUGCGAAAUAAAUUCUUCACACAGACGACUACUAUACACUACACUGUAAACUACACUGCGAAAUACGACGCCACGAUACCACAUUGAGAGUUAAUUUCUUUCGCGCUGAUUUUUGCGUGCUCCGUUUGACCUUCCCGCCCACCUCCGAUAUUUUUUUAGCACGGUUGGCCUACGUACGGUGCAAAAGAAGUUAAACAUACCUGCAAUGGGACAAACGUGUAGGGGGGUGGCAGCAGCCGUAGCCGUGACAGCCCCACACUGGCACGGCACGCGUGCCAGUGUCGCCGUGACAGCCAUUCAGUAAGGUUUCUCACGUAAACAAAACAUGGAAAUUCGUUACUAGUACAGCAAUGCUGUGUGUGGGUUCACUCUUCAACACACCGCCGGUGUGCUGAACUAGUAGCGGAUUGACACGUUUUGUUUUAUCUGACUGCUUACAAAUUGGGCUGUGUCGGGUUUAACGACACAUUCAGAUUUACGCGAUCUAACCCCAAAAUCCUCCUUGUGGAUAAUAUCGGUCGUGAAAUCGAUACAUGUUUUUAUAAACUCCACCACCACCCUCACCGUUAACUUCCAUGCUGACACCACACUCAUUACUGCCCUCUUCAUUUGGAAUCCUUUUUUUGUAUCAAACAUGAAAACAAUGAAAGCUAUCGUAACAAAAAAAACCUAAGGCUCACCGGCACACUCCGAAAUCCUGCACAGGCAAUCUGAGCAUACACACAGUGUAACAAUCCUGAGUGGGGGGGGGGGGGUCAUGGUCACGGAACCCAAAGUCUGUGACCUCUCCUCCCACGCUAUAUGCAGCAGCUUCACCGAUGAGUGCCCUAAAGAAUGUCGUCGUCCUUCACGCAGCCCGCACCGCGCUGCUUGCUUGGAUAGUUUCAAAAGUCCUGAACCAGAUGUUGAUGUUGUUGUUUUUAAAAUCCUAUGGACAAUCUUUGAAUCGUGCCGGGUGAAGGGCGGGGUGGUAGGGAGGAUGGGGGGGGGUAAGUAAAAUUAGGUUUUGGGUUUUGUGUUUUUAAUUCCACCGAUGCCAAAAUCUCGCGUGACGCUUUGGUGAAUGGGGAUGGGUGGGGGGGCACUGUGGCUCCGGCCAGUGGGGGGGGCCGCGCUGGCGACGUCGUGGCGCCUGAGAGACGCUCACGACGGCGUGGGGGGGGGCGACACGUUGAUGCUAAAUCCGUGGCUUCUCGCUUUGCCAGCGCGUCCGUCCAUCCGUGACGACGAGAAACAACGCGCCCAGCCGCGGCACUGACCGGCGUCUGAAUUUGUUCGCUGAAGAUGGGAUGGGUUUUUUUUGUCUUUUUUUCGGACGCUGCCGCCACUUUUGGGAAUUUUAUAGCUGGAAAGGAUGGUGCUGUGGCAGUCGACGAUGUGAUGAUGAUGAUAUGUCAUUCGUAAAUGUUUCACCCCCACCCCCCUGUCCCCAACAAGCCUUGCUCGCUAUUACCGGAGUGUAAGCUUCUGAAAGUCCUGUGAUAGGUCCUAGUAACUUAAUACGAAUGCUUUGGAUGAAGGUAAAAUUUAACCUCGUUUUUAAAUGCAGGUGGUUCCCAGACUUUUAGACGGUGGACUCCAAAUCAAAACCACCAAGGCCAGAAUGCAGAUGGCUCCCUAUCCACGCCUGAGUUCGUGAAUGCGGCAUUAUUAGUAAGGCAUUUGUUUUUCGCGUUGUGUAAUUCGCGUGGUUUUUUUUUAGUCGGUAAAGCGUCUCCACGCCGUGUGUAUCGUCCCCCUCCCCCAAACGUGGUGCUGUCGUGACACCGACACGCACAUCCACAAUUCUAAAUUCCUCCUGCACGGUGUCCAUGACGCAGCCUGCGCCCACCAGGUACAUCAAUGCCCCGCUGGUUUUUCCCCAAGGUUUAGCUUUGCAGAUUCCAGACUUUUUUUUUGGUGAGACGAGUAGUGCUGUUUAUUAGGCUCCUGCAACAUUCUCCAAUCCUACAGCGUGUGCCCGCGAAAUCCCGCCUCUGCUACUGCUACUGCCCCUGGCCUCCCCUCUCCCCGCUUUGCCUUGUGACCAAAUCUCGUCCAUGAGCCCCCCCCCCCAGACCCCAGACGUUCCACUUCGGCGGGUUGCCAAUUUGUCUUCACGGCCGAUUUUAACGGGGCGGUUACGCCGAUACCCACUUAUCGCGCAAGUCGGCCUUGUAAAGUAGUAAACAAAAGACGACGACAACACCCUGAAAGUUGUUGCUGAUGCUGCUGCCUUCUACAGGUGCGGGGGGGAGCCCCACAGACUAUACACGGACCCUUGAACCCCCAUGGACAAUUUGGGCCCAUAGACUUUUUUGACCCAUGGGCUAAUAUAGACCCUUGGAUAGUUUGGACCCUUGGAUAAUUUGGACCCAUGGGCUAAUAUGGACCCAUGAGCUAUAUGGACUAUUUGGACAUUUUGGCGUUUGCUCCGCCGUUGCCUGAUGGGCAAGAAACGAGGGGGGAGCGAUCGGGACUUUUCGCUCGUCUCGCGUUCGUCAAAGAUCCGCCUGCUUGUUGUUGUUCCUCGUCCUCCUCCUCGCACCGACGGUCUCCGUUCUCCCCGGGAGGGCGACCUUCGGUUCGUUUUGGAUACCCAAAGCCCCCCCCCACCCCCCUCCACCCCCCUCCACCCCACCUCGAGGUGCGGUUUGAAUGGGAAUGUAGCUUUGAUUGCUUUAAGUUGAUUUUUGAGGUCCAAAAAACUAUUGAGUGAACUACAAACAUUUAAUGCAAGCUAUAUAUUUAAGAAACGUGAAAAGAAUAUACUUUGUGACCAAGUGGAUGGGUAAUUUUGUACAUAUUGGUCUGCGAAACUGCUGUUUGCAUAUGUUAAUCUGUACGAGUGAAUUAUUUUUUGCAUUUAAAAUAAAGAUGUUGACUUUGCGGGAGAUUUAGACGAUUUGGCCUCGCAGCUUAACGUGAGUAAGAAAUAAACUUAAACACUUUA